AUGGAUGACUCAGAGCUUGCCGCGAUUCGUGCCGCACGUCUCAACCAACUUCAGCAACAAGCUGGCGGCUCAGGCGGAUCAAUGCCAGCGGGCGGUUUCUCGGGCGCAAAGUCCGGUGAGGGCGCGAGCGAUGAGGGUCAGCAAUCAGAAGAUCAGAUGAAGAGGGAUUUGUUGGCUACUGUGCUAGACUCUUCUGCACGAGAGCGCUUGGCACGGAUCUCUCUAGCCGAGGAAUCACAGGGAAAGGCUGCUCCGAAGAAGGUGGUUUACCAGCGAAGGAAGGAGCUUGAUGACGAUGACUUUGAUUUGUGA